UCGCCUCGAAAUUCGCACUAAACUUUUUAUGCUAGUUGUAAUGCACGCGCAAACCCGCUAAAGGGCUUUCGGAUUCUUCAUUUUAUGCUCUGACCUCGGCGGGGAGUCCUGAUCUCGAGUGCUAUGACGACAUUGUUCGUAGCGGCCAUCGCUCGUACCGUCGAGUUCAUAAUGGGAAAUCCUUUGCAUCCGAAGCCUUCGGAUUGUCCGACUCCCGGUUGCAUCGCGAUCUCACCUUUUCUCCUAAAACCACCACCUUAACAUAUCAGAAUUUUUUUUACGUAUUAACUUUCCGUGUCCGGUCAACAUUGCACAUUGUAUACUAAUAAUUAUGGGUCUGAUAACGAAUGUACCGUUUUUAGUGGAAGUAGUAGAACCCAUCGAUCAUGGACCAACAGAUCGGCUCAGACGGGAAUAGUGGACACAUGACCGUCGUUCAAGCGAUUCCGACGUCCAACAAUCAGGUGCAAGUUGUCCAAGCCGGCCAGGUGAUACAGAGCGCUAACGGUCAGCAGAUCGUCGUUCACGCUGUACCCCAGAAUGCUGGACAGUCAGUGCACUUGGGUUCACCGGGCAAUCAGCAGUUGCAGCUACUUCAACUGCCUGUACAACAGGCGCAAGCUCAGUUGAUUCAGACACCUGACGGACAAACAUUUAUUUACCAGCCUGUACAAGUUGAUAAUGGGCAAUCGAUUGCUACAACAACCCAACCAACAUUAAUAAGCAUAAAUGGAAAUAUCAUGCAGUUAUCCAGUCCACCAUCUGGUGGUUCACCAACUGUUACUCAAGCAGCUACUACUGUUGCACAAGCAGUUCCCCAGAACCAACAAAACAUUGUUAUGAUGGUACCAAAUGGGACUGCUUCCAGUAAUAAUCAAUUUCAACGGGUACCUACAACAGCAGAAUUUCUUGAAGAAGAACCUUUGUAUGUAAAUGCAAAACAGUAUAAAAGAAUACUGAAAAGAAGGCAAGCAAGAGCAAAAUUAGAGGCAGAAGGAAAGAUUCCAAAAACACGACAAAAAUAUUUGUAUGAAUCACGCCACAAACAUGCCAUGAAUCGUAUACGAGGAGAAGGUGGCCGUUUCCAUUCAGGGUCACUGAAGAGAAUGAGUAUGUCAAGUAGUAAAAACAUACAAAAUGAUGACUGUAACAUUCGAAUGGACAAUCAUAGUUAUCAUGUAACUAUUAAACGCCAAAUUGACGAUGAACAAAAUUUGCAAACACAUAAUGGAUUAGUUUAUAGCAUAAGUGGCUAAUAAAAAAGACUAUUUCCUCAUUUAAACCAAGAGGAAUGUGUUAACUGUUAAAUUAAAAAAAAAAGUGUUUUAAUUAAUUUAAUAACUUGUACAUUUUUAAGACUUUAAAUUUGAUUUUAUUAUUUACUUUUCUUUUUAAUAUACUUAGUUGAAUACUAUAGUCACUUUAGUUAAGUAUAUGAGAUUAUUAUUAUUAUUAUUUUUUUGUAAUUAAAUAAUUAAGUUUCCAACCCUUAUUAAGUUAAGUAGAUUUCUUUUCAA